AUGAGGACUACAUCCCACCUGCUCCUCUCUUUUCUUUUGACUGCAGCCUACAGUCAACUAGUCACUGGUUUCACGCCUCCAGGAGGAGCACUCAAAACAACGACAUUAUCGACAACCAAACAAGAACCUGGUUCACAUCUCUACAGCUUAUCUCGACGUCAAGUCUUGGAUAAUGUUUCGACGGGUGCCGCUGUCAUUGCUGGCAGCCAACUUUCUCCCAACAAUGUCCAUGCUGCUGCUGCCGCUGCUGUUACUACCACCACCACUACAAAAUCCAACAACAACAACAACAAUCAGAACCUCCAAGCCGACUUACCCAUGAUCCGACUGAAACUCCCCAAAGGUGGACUCGGAAAGGACUAUGUGGCAGUCAAAGUUAAUAUUCAAGGAAUGGGUCCUUUCGAUUUCAUGGUGGAUUCAGGAUUGACCACCGAAUUGAUUACUCCCCAUUUGCAACAAACCAUGGGCAUUGGUCGAACCAGCAAGAGCAACCGAAAAAUGACUGGCUAUGGAGCUGGAGGCAGCUCGGUCCAAAGUCUGGUGGAUUUGGAUGGAAUGACCUUACUGGACAGUGACUUGGUACUUCCGAAGCUACACGCAUUGAUUGUGGACUUUCCACAAGAACAUAUCGAUCCAGCGCAUGAUCCAGUGGAAGGAAUGUUGGGAAUGGAACUACUGAGCCAAUUUGAUGUUGAUUUUGACUUUCCCAACAACCGGAUUCGAUUUUACAAGCCAGGUACUGCACCAACCACCGGUUUGGUGGAAAUCCCUGCCAUUGUGAUUAACGAAACUGGUUUGAUCGGAAUCCGAGUUACUACUACCAGUAGUACUACUGGAACGAAUCAGCAACAACAACAACAACAACAACAACAACAACCAAUUCUUGGAUUCUUGGACUGUGGAUCCACCUUUUCUUGUGUCAAUUGGAAGGCUGCUGCAGCCUUGGGUCUACCUGCAAAGAGUGACGCAAUCUACCAAAAGGCACCCAAAGUGACUGCCAUUGGAGUGGACGGUCGUCCCCUCCAGUUGCCGAUAGUCUCCAAGCAACUUGAUUUUGCUGGAAAUGCACAAGUGGACAAGGCAUCUGGUGUGACUACUGGUUUUGAUCGUCCACCAUCUGAAUGGCAGCCCUGGGAUAAAGUGCAACUGGCAGUGGGAGACGUUCCAGCCUUUGCUAGUGCUUUAGGAGAUGGACGUACUCCUUACCAAGGACCUGCCGCCUUGAUUGGGUUGGACAUUUUGGGGCAACGACGAUUUUUGCUGCAAGCGGGAACAGGAAAUUCCAGGCGGCGACGAGUCUUUGUGUCUCCGCAGUAA